AUGGCUUCAAAGAACGUUUUUAUCACUGGCACCACCGGUUUUAUCGGCGGUGACGCAUUCUAUGCUUUGACCAAGGCUCAGCCAAGCUGGAAGUACACGAUUCUUGUCAGAAGUGAGGAAAAGGGAAAGGAUGUUCAGAAGCAAUAUCCAGAUGUGAAACUGGCCAUCGGAUCGCUGGAUGACUCUGAGGUUAUCAAGAAGGCUGCUUCAGAGGCCGACAUUGUUAUUCAUACUGCUGACAGCUCUGAUCACGCUGGGGCAGCACGUGCUAUUGGGGCCGGCUUACAGUCUACACACUCUGAAUCGAACCCCGGUUAUUGGAUUCAUAUCAGCGGUACAGGAAUUCUCUGCUGGUAUGACCAAGACAACAAGCGCUACGGUGAAGCACCCCUCCCAGAUCAAUCAUACAACGAUUUGGAGGGUAUCGACAAGGUCACAUCUCUGCCCGAUACCGCCUUCCAUCGCGACGUUGACAAAAUCGUUCUGGAAGAGGCCGCAAAGAACCCUGAUGCUGUAAAGGUCGCUAUUGUUUGCCCUCCCACAAUCUACGGAACAGGUCGAGGACCUACCAACCAGCGCAGUCGCCAAAUUCCAGGCUUAGCAGAGACUACGCUGGAGAAGGGCUUUGGGCCCAUCAUUGGCGCCGGGAAGACGGAAUGGGAUAACGUCCACGUCCACGACCUGUCCACUCUGAUCGUCCUCCUUUCUCAGCGUGCAGCAUCUUCUGACAAUCAAAACGAACAAGAGAUCUGGGGUCCAAAGGGUUACUUCUUCGCUGAAAACGGUACUCACAAAUGGAGCGAAAUUUCCACUCUUCUUGCCAAGGAGGCUAAGAAGCAGGGUCUUCUUGACAGUGAUGAGACAAAGGUGCUUGAUGUGGAUGAAGCACAGGAGAAAUUGGGAUUCCAGGCUCUUUCUUGGGGACUAAACAGCCGUGGUGAUGCAAAGAGAGCGAGGAAAUACUUGGGUUGGAAGCCUGUGAGUCCCAGUUUGGAAGAGUGGUUGCCUGAGGCGAUCCAGGUUGAGGCUCAGCGACUGAAGAAGAAUUAA